CUCACAAGCAUCCUUAAGCUGUGAUCUUCCGCAAACCGCCCUUGUAAUCACUCCCAUCCUGUAAAUUUUCCUUUUCGCAAUAAAGAAGAAGUUCAGCCCGAGGUCUCCGAGUUCUUGCAAAAGUUUCUUUGCUUAGUUCGAGGCCUUCCCGAAAGGGAACGGCUAUCUUCCAAUCUCUCUCCUCCUCCUCCUCCUCUUCCGCCUUGCCACCGCCCGACCGCUGCCCACGCCGGCGAGUCCCCCCUCCGCCCGUGUCCGGCGGCGGCCUUGGGACCUCUCGAGAAAGCCGGCUACGGCCAUCGCCGACCCAAUCGACCUCGUCCGAGAUCUCACCUGUUGCCAUUUUGCCGAAACAAUGGCCGAGAGUAUGCCCGAGGAUAUCGUCGUGGACAUACUCUUGAGGCUACCGGCGAAGUCGCUGGUGCGAUUCAAAUGCGUCUGCAAGCGGUGGCGGUCUCUGAUCUCCGACCGGGCCUUCGCCAAGUCGCAUCUGCAGAGGCUGAAGGCAGGGGAUUUGAUCCCUAGCCAGAGAUUCAUCAUCAGUGGCUGCAACGGCUCCCUCAAGACCGUGGACUACGAAGCGCUCGACGACGGCGGCGGCGAGGGUCGCAUGGUGGUACCUCAUGGGAUCAAACCUUUGUGGGAGCCCCGCAUCGUGGGGUCCUGCGAUGGCCUUGUAUGUUUACUUGGCCCCUCCAAUUUUGUCAUAUAUAACCCGACUACCAGGGAGUGCAUUGAGUUGCCCGGUCCCAAUUUUGUUGAUCGAGUUAGGUUAUCGGGUGUCUCCGGAUUCGGAUAUGACUCUCAAUCUGAUGAUUAUAAAUUAGUAGCAGAUGCUUCUUCAUCUAGUGAUGAAAAUUGGAAGCUGGCAAUAUUUUCGCUCAAGUCCGGUUCUUGGAGAAGUAUAGAACUCCCGUUCCAGGAAGAGUUUAAUGAAUUGACCGGCCAAGGAGUUUAUUGGAAAGGGGCCUUACACUGGCACGUCUAUGUCUUGUGCAUGUACGAUAAGCGCGAAGGUGUGAUUAUGUCAUUUGAUCUGUUGGAAGAGAAAUUUCACGAGGUGCUUCCGGUUCCGGUCCCUGAAGUCGAUGAGGACAUAUGUCUCCUGGGACUCGGGAUUCACGGGGCAAAUCUAUUCAUAAACAACUGCACCCAUGAUCGCCGCAUUGAGGGAUGGAUAACAGAUGAGUACGGGAGAGGAGCAUCCUGGACAAAAUUGUUCAGUGUUGAUUGCAGUGCCAUCAUAAAUUUGGAUAGGGACUUUGAGCAGACCCCCCUCGCGUACACAAGUAGUGGAAAAAUUGUUAUUUGGAUGGAUACGAAGCGGAUGAUUAUGUUUAAUCCGAAGGAUAAUACUUGUAAGGAUUAUCUCUUAGGGACAGACCUUGUUAGGGAAUAUGCCAUCUAUUUGGAAACUCUUGUUUCUCCUUAUCUUGAUGGUGGAGCUGUCGAAUGAUCUUGUGGAUUUUGAAGACAAUAAAGAGUGUUGAAAGUCUAUAGUAA